CCAUCGUCUCUUUGUUUGCGGAAGCAUCCGUACCUUAACUUGUCUGCAAUAGAAGCUUUUUACAGAUCUUGAAAUUCCCUCUUCUCUGAACUGACUCGCCGGAGCUCCAGCGCCCAUGGGUGUCCCUGCCUUCUACCGGUGGCUUGCCGACCGGUACCCCCGGUCGAUCGCCGAUGUGGUCGAGGAAGAGCCAGUUGAUGGCCCCAACGGGGUCGUCUUGCCGAUCGACGUCUCCAAGCGUAACCCUAAUGGAAUGGAGUUUGACAACUUGUAUUUGGAUAUGAAUGGCAUAAUUCAUCCGUGCUUUCAUCCUGAAGGCAAGCCUCCACCAGCUACAUACGACGAUGUAUUUAAAUCCAUUUUCGAUUACAUUGACCAUCUCUUCUCAUUGGUUCGGCCAAGAAAGGUUCUUUACAUGGCAAUUGAUGGUGUUGCACCUAGAGCUAAAAUGAAUCAGCAACGUUCUCGGCGUUUCAGAGCUGCAAAAGAUGCUGCCGAGGCCGAAGCUGAAGAAGAAAGAUUAAGAAAAGCGUUUGAAGCUGAUGGGCAAAGCUUAUUACCUAAGGAGAAGCCCGAAACAUGUGACUCUAAUGUCAUCACUCCCGGAACUCAAUUUAUGGCAGUGCUCUCCGUAGCACUUCAGUAUUACGCGCAUUCAAGAUUAAAUCACAACCCAGGGUGGAGGUUUACGAAGGUUAUUCUAUCUGAUUCAAAUGUUCCUGGCGAGGGAGAGCACAAAAUUAUGUCAUACAUUCGGCUACAACGCAAUUUGCCUGGUUUUGAUCCAAACACUCGACAUUGUCUGUACGGUCUGGAUGCAGAUCUGAUUAUGCUUAGUCUAGCAACACACGAGAUUCACUUUUCAAUUUUAAGAGAGGUAAUAAUGCUACCAGGGCAACAGGAAAAAUGUUUCAAUUGUGGCAAAGUUGGUCAUUUUGCAGCUGAGUGUCGUGGAAAGUCUGAUGGUCCAGAAGAUUGGAAUGCAGCCGAUGAAACUCCAAUUCAUAAAAAGAAAUAUCAGUUUCUCAACAUUUGGGUUUUACGAGAAUACUUGCAGUAUGAAUUGGACAUUCCCAAUCCACCUUUUGAGGUUGAUUUUGAGCGAAUAGUGGAUGAUUUUGUGUUUUUGUGUUUCUUUGUUGGCAACGAUUUUCUUCCACAUAUGCCAACCUUGGAGAUAAGAGAGGGUGCUAUUAAUUUGCUGAUGCACAUAUAUAGAAAGGAGUUUCCUGCUAUGGGUGGUUAUCUUACUGACGCGGGUGAGGUUAUGUUAGAUAAAGUGGAGCAUUUUAUCCAAGCUGUAUCUGUACACGAAGAACAAAUCUUUCAAAAAAGAGCCCGAAUUCAGCAGGCACAAGAGAAUAAUGAAGAAAUGAGAGGUAGAGCUAGAAGAGAGAAUGGUCCUGCGCCCCCAGUUCCAACAAUUGACAAGAUCAAGUUAGGGGAGCCUGGAUACAAGGAGAGGUAUUAUGCUGAGAAGUUCAAUGCUAACUCAGAAAACAUUGCUGAAAUAAAACAAGAUGUGGUAAGUCCAUUCCUUGUGCAGACUGAUCCUUAUAUGAUUUUGUCUCAAAAGAUUCUCUAUUUUCUUUUCAGCAUAUACUCUUAUAUUGUCUUGUUUAGCUUAUCAACCGUCUUCAUUUUUAUGCAUCAUGCGUAUUGCUUAUAUGUAUACAGUUCAACCGCUCUUCCUGAGAAAUACAGAAACUUGAUGACCGAUCAUUCAUCGCCAAUCCUUGAAUUUUACCCUUCAGAUUUUGAGAUUGACAUGAAUGGAAAGCNGUCUAUCCAUUGGAUCUUUUUCCCUUGUGAAAUUCAGGGUGUUGCCAAAUUGCCUUUCAUUGACGAGAGAAAGUUGCUUGCUCAAACUAGGAGACUUGAAAGCUCUUUAACGGAUGAAGAGAAGAAUCGGAAUAGUGUGAUGCUUGAUUUGCUUUAUACGCAUUGUGCCCAUCCACUGUCUGCACAGGUUUUCUCUUAUUACCAAGUUGCUAGUCAACUACCUCCACGUGAAAGAACUUGUUGGGUGAUUGACACGAAUGCCAGUGGUGGGAUGAAUGGAUACCUCUGGUUGUGUGAGAGAAAUGUAUUCCGUAAUGUUUUUCCAUCACCAAUCAGUAGUUUGCCAGAUAUCCAGCAUAAUCAAGUCCUGAAUGUAACCUAUCUUAAUCCUCAGAAGCAUGAACAUGUCCCUAGACCUCCAAAGGGUGUAAUCAUUCCCAAAAAGGUUCUAAGUUCCUUGGAUAUCAAACCUUUCCCUACCUUAUGGCAUGAAGACAAUAAUUCCCGGCGCUAUCAUGGCAGAGAACGGCCUCAAGUACCUAGAGCUAUUGCUGGCCCUCUUUUGGGAGAAGCAGCUCAUCGUCUUGUGAAAAACACUCUUAAUAUCAAACCUAAUGGUGGCUCGUCAUCGGGAUUAUUUGAUCAACCCUAUUCUCGCAAUUUCCCGGGACAGCCUAUAUUCUCUCGGCCGCGACAAGUUGGAUCUUCAGGUUUUGAAACGGGGUAUGGUGAAGAUCCAAAUUAUUCCUACGGGCACUAUAAUAACUACCAGGGUGCAUCAGGUAGGCCAAGAUAUCCCAACUCUUCAAAUGGUAUGCCAGGUGACAACAGGCAAAUUUCCCGUGGAAAUGAUAGAGUACAGCAUCAGGAGCGAUACAACAAUGUGAGGACUGGUAUGUCUGCUUUGACAAUUGAAGAGAGCAUGAGGAAUCGAUCUCUCGACAUGUUAACUCCUGGUCUUUCUCCCGUCAUGAUGCCAAAGAUGCUGAACGUCGGAAACUCGGCAAACCAACAGAAUUUUGCCCAGGCUACUGACGCUCUUCCUUCACCACCACACAAAUGGAUCAAUAGAGCGCCAACGCCAACUGCAAAUAUAAUGUAUGCAAGACAACAAGAAAGUUUUACAGGAGGAGCCAACGAGAAGCAAGCGAAACAAAUGUAUCUAGCAAAGACUCCAUCAUUCCAGAGUGGGUCAGGAUCUGGAAGCAGGCAGUAAUCCUUGUUUGUUCGGUUCGUCUUGGCUGCUGUUUAAGUUGCCCCAAAUACGAAAGACAUUUGCAGUAUUCCUCAACCUUUACCUAACAUGGAUUUGGGUGAGUCACACCCUAACAGAUGCUUCGGGGCAAGUCAUGCGAGCUGAUCAUUCAUCUGGUGGAAUCACUUCUUGCAUUCUCAUCGUGACGUUUAUUUAGCGACUGGGGACGACAUAUAAAGAUGGAACUAUUUGCAUGCAAGGACAGAUUCAAAUCAAACAAAUCGGUAAGAGAUCAUUUAGUGAAUUUUGUGCAUAUUGUACCAAUGAAUCAUCAUCCCAUUACUGUUGUUGUGUAUCUACAAGGUUUACCUCUAGAAAUACCCCACCUUACUUUGGGGUUUUAAAGAGGAAUUGUAGAGUAGACAUGUUGAUUAUAUAGGAUAUAUCAGAACACACAGGAUAUGAGUAGUUAAUAGGUUAUCUUUGUACCUUCUCGAAAUGGUUGGUUUCGUUCGAU